AUGGCCUCCCUGGCAUGUUGGACUUGUCGGCUCCGGAGGAAAAAAUGUGACCGGACUCAGCCGAUAUGCCAAAGUUGCGCCAACCUGAAUAUCAGUUGCUGCUAUAGCAAAGAACGCCCCGAAUGGAUGGAUGGAGGUGAAAAACAGACUCAUAUGGCACAGGCUAUCAAGGCCCAAGUGAAACAAGGAACCUCAACUCGUCGAGGCAACGAGGUUGCGGUUCGAGUCUUUUCACUUCAUGAUGGUCCACCGGCUGAGGCCAUACCGAGGAAACCCGAGGUAUCUGGAGACAACUCCAGUUUCCAUCAGACAAGCACUAGUUCAUCUGCUUCGGUGCAUGAAUCAACACCGGAGGAGACGGACGACUUCCUCAUCACUUUGUAUCUCGAUACCGUCUUCCCGCUUCUAUUUCCUCUGUACGAACCGGCGACAUUGUCCGGUGGCCGCAGCUGGAUACAGGCGCACCUAAAAGCCAAUAAGGCAAUCUUCCACAGUGCGAUUAGUCUUAGCGGCUAUUAUUUCACCCUUUUGCUGGCCAAAGAUGCGAGCCACACUCUCCGCAGCCCAUGCGAACAACAUCUGUGGGACACUUUGGCGAGGCACAUGGACUCUGCAAUCCAGGUCAUUAAGCAAGAUAUGGACCGCUACCAUAAGGAAAUUGGACAUUCAGAUGUCUUCGCGAAGCUCGAUAUCCUGGGAGGCGUUACGCAGUAUUUAAUGUUUGCAACAGCGAUGCCCCAGGAUGCCGAUUGGAAGAUGCAUUUGUCGGCAGCUUCGACAUUGCUAGAUGAAGUGUUUCAAUUACAUGGAAUGGAUAAUGGUGAAUAUUCUCUAGAAAAAGUUCUAGAAGCCAUGGCUAAGCCCUCAAUAUUCGACGGCAUGCAUCUAGGCUUUCAUGUAUGGAGCAAAGACCAAGCUGCCUUUCAAUUCUUCGCCUCUUUUCUUCUAUAUGUCGAUAUUAUGGCUAACAUUCAGUUGGGACGCCCCUCUCAAUUUCAGAGCCACCACAGGAAUUUGAUAGCUACUGGUACAGUGAUUAUGGCUCCGGAUGUCCACCCUCGGCGGUUUCUUGACAUGGAGUCUUAUGUUGGCUGCCACGGCUGGAUUCUCACUAUUCUCGGUGAGAUUCGCACAAUGGAAAUAGCGAAACGCUCCGCUCCAUUGCAACAAGGCAUGGCAGAAGUUGAUGUCACGGUCCAGUCAGAGUUUCUGACGACACAGCCAGAUGCUAUUAAGCUGGGUGAGCGACAAAACAGAACCCAGGCCAAGAAACCCGCCCUUAUAACGAAAGCCUGGCUACAUGCAGCCAUAAUCUAUCUGUCGGUGGUAAUUGAUGGUUGGCAGCCAGACAAUCCCUUUAUUCGCGCCAACGUGAAUUCCAUCCUUUGCAUCUUAGAUAUACUCUCACCAAGCCUUUCAAUACGCAGUCUCAUGUGGCCGAUUUGUGUUUGCGGUUUCCAAGCUGCGGAGGAGCAAGAACAUAUAUUUAGAGACUUGAUAUAUUCCUUGGGACCAUUGCAAGCUCUUGGCCCCGCGAAGCAAGCCAUACAGCUGAUGGGAAAAGUCUGGGAGCUUCGCCAUCAGUUAGAUGAGACAUGGGGAAUCCACGAUUGCUUCCAGUUACUAGGAUCCGAUAUACUUUUCAUUUAA